UCUGUACCAAUGGCCGUCAGUUUUGUUUGAGAUUGCCAAUAGAAACAACGUUUACCGUUAGUUAGGAUAUUUCGUGCACCGUAGAGGUCAGGGCAGCAAACAAAUUUUCUCAAGAUGACGUUGAACGCUUGAAAACGUCCCAAUUCGUGGGGGAAAAGUUGAAAAAGGCCACAAAAAUCUUAUAAAAACAACGAAGCUCAGUAAAAUUAAAAUUACUUGAUAAAGUGAGAAAAAAAUACAAAAAAAAAAACAGUGAUGGCUCUUCAAUAAAUACAAGCAAAGGACCUGAGCGUGAUAUGUGUGAAAUUGUACGAUACUUACAGAUGUACUUAUUGGAAAGUGCCCGUAUGUUGCAAAAUUACUUACAAUCACAACAACAAAAAGUGGAAAGCGCAAUAAAAGAAAAAAACUGAAAAAAAAACCGAUAAUAAAUCCCCACAACAAUUUCAACAGCAACAGGAAUUGUAUUUAAAUUCAAGAGUGAAAUCAACACAGCAGACGUGAUUUUCAAAUGGAAGACUUAUUUCUGCUGAUAAUAAAGGAGUCUACAGGGACGAAGCACAAUGCGUUGCGACAAACUGCGCAAAUUGCCUAUGAUAAACUAUAUCGCCAACAUGGUAUCCAUCGGGAUCCAGCACAUGAACUACGCUCCGUAUGCUUCACUGCACUACAAAUGGCCCUGGAUACAAAGCGACCAAAGUUCAUCACAAUGGGACUGAACGGAUUGCAUCGUAUUAUAAAAGACGAACGCUUUUACAUCGGCUUAGAACCGGAAGAUGAUUCAGUAUGGCUGCCUGCGCAGUUGUUACGCGCCACAAGUGGUAUUUUUCCCACAACAAGUAACGAGGAUACCGUCAUCAAUGUCCUACGCCUCUUUUUGGCCAUGGCAUGCUCACCGGCGUGCACAUUGAAUGGACGCCUCUUAAUAGAGACGCUUUCUCGUUGUGGCGAGUGUUGGGAAUUGGGCUCCCGUGCCACCAAAGCCGCCUCACUGGCGGCAGCAUCACAAUGUUUGCGUACCUUUUGCGCUUUUCUCAUGGAGGAGGCCGAGGAGGUGAAGAAGACUGCACCACCAGGUCUAAUGACUCAAUCACAGGCGUCGGCUGUUUACAAUGAGGUAAUUCCGGUAAUGCAGUGGUUAUGCAGUCGCUUAGUCGAGCCGACAGCGAGUGGUUCGCCUAAUAAGAAGGUGGAAAACAACUGUUCGUUAUAUUUAACGGAAUGCAUUCUAACAUUGACAUCAGCAUUGCCGCGAAAUGUACACGCAAAUCCGCAUUUUACAUCAUUUUUGUGGCAAAAGUUUUGCCCCACCUUAGCUGCGGCUUUGGGAUCGCCAGGUCGCAUUAACUUGGAUAAAAAAUUUACAUAUAAGGAUGCACUAAAUAUGAUUGAAAACGACGCUCGUGGAUUUUUUACUGGACCCGGCUUGGAUGGUCCACAAGCUCGCUGUGUUUAUUUAACGGGAAUUCAGUUAUUGCGUAUUGCUGGCGCAUAUGGCUCCCUACGUCCCAUGCUAGAGGCACUCUUUCAUCGCAUGCUUUUGUUGCCAGCCCCGCAGAAUCGCACAGAGCCAUUGAAAUGUGUACGCGAGAUUCUUAAAAGUCCGGAGCGUCUGAUUGAUUUAGCGGUUAUUCUAUAUAUUGACAAAAAUACCGGACAAGGAUGCAGUGACGAAAUGGCAUUAUUUCGAUUAAUGGUCGAUGCAAUGGAAGAAUGCGCUUUUGGCGUAAAUACCAGCUCGGGAGUGGAGUCGGGCCUUCAAGCCAGUGUAGAAUGUAUGGUGGCUCUCCUGGAUAGUCUACAAAUUCUUUGCAACGGCGAACUAACCGAGUCGAUGAUUAGCGAUCAGAUUGUGAAUGCAGUGAAUAGCCGUCACGAGACACUCAAAGAUGCUGAUUAUACGGGACCCUUGACUUACCAAUCAAUGGCGCGUCUACCAGCACCAUAUCGUGAUGCGAUUGUCGAGUUUCGUCAAAGCGUCUUCGAAACUUCUUCUGGGUCGGACAGUGACGGUGAGCAUCCGGAACAUGAUGCAGCCUCGAAUGGUUCUGGAGAUACUGAGGGACCCGAAGAGGAGGAACCAUCAACUUCGAGUGAUGAAACAUCGCGUGUGGAAAAUCGUUGGCCCUACACACAUCUAGAAGCGCCCGUUAUCCCCGUACGCACUGAUGUUGAUAAUGAUCGGCAACAUGCCAGAGACUUCGCCAAGGCAUUGCGUAAAGAUUUGGUACCGAAAUUAUUACUAUUACGCUCCUGUAUCGAGGUAGAUGAAGCCAUGCAAGAAUUCGCCUCAGUCGUUUGUCAAGAAAACACAAUGAACUUUUCUGACUUCGAUUACCACCUGACAGCUAUCAAUGCGGAUGGCAUUUACUUGGCUAUCUACUCUUCAUUACUAUUAAGUUUGCAGUUAACAAAGGCUGGGUACUAUGACGAUCCGCAAAAGGAGAUAUUAAUACCCAUGUCCGAACAGCAAUUUGUCACAUCCGUUCAGAAUACUGGAGUUUUAGUAUAUCUCUCAUCGCCGUGGCUCUGCGAACUAUAUCAAUCUGUAUUAGUUUCAAAUGCCAUGGAAGUAAUGAGCAGAGAGGAAAUGGAAGGCACCCACUCACGAAGCGCGCUGGUAGAUAUGCUCUGCGAUGCCGGUGGGUUGGGCCCCACUCAGAUGCUCUCCGAAUGGCAACGAUUGCAGAUGGCAAAUGUAAAACAAGCCGAUGAGCAGGAUAAUAGACGCCGGGAAGCAGCAAAAAAACUCUGUCGUCGGUUAUUGACUUGCUGUUGGGAUUCAAUGGUUAUUGUACUAAGCUCGGGACUAGGGGAUUUAUCCUGCAGUAAUUCAAAUAAAUUAAUGGCCUUAUCAAAGCGUACACUUCGCGUCAAAGCAAAGACAAACAAGUCGAAUGGAGAAGCUUUGUACGCGAUGUGUCUAGACGGCUUACAUGCGGCCGCCACUUUAAGUAACAGCUUGAAUCUGCAACACUUGGCCGGAAAAAUUUUAAGCCUCCUCGCAUCAAACGUUUGCCAGACAAAUGGGCCGAGAAUCUCUGCGAGUCAAGCAAUGUCAAUGGACGUGGUUUUGAAUGGUGGCUUGAAUUUAGGUUCCUAUAGUUCAGAUUGUUGGCAAUCAGUAUUCGCAGUAUGUCGGCAUGUCAGCCAUUUGGAACAUGAAAUUUUUAGCUUACAGAACUCAGCCAUUACCACUUCACCGGGUACGGGACGCCGCGAUAUGGAAACCGGGGAAAAAUUAAACACCGGACAAAGUGAUAAAUUGAACCUAUCAUCGCUUCCCAUAGAUGAUGAUGAAACCUGCGUGGAUGUGUACAGUUUCCUCCAAGCGCCUCUACAAAGCCCUAACACAAAUAUCACAUCUAUUUUGAAAGUGUAUUCGGGCACCAAUGAAACAGUAUUGUUGAGCCAGAGCGACACCUCAAAAGUGCUAUGCGCUCUAUCGCACCAAGCUGAAAACCUAUUCUCCGAUGCUGCUGAGCGCUUAAGCCUCCCAUCACUGUGUCAGUUUCUAAAGAAUCUUUGUAAAGCGUCGCGAGAACAGCUCUAUAAAAGCACAGCAACACGUAAAGGCAGCCGAGUUUGGUGGCCAAGCAAAGGUUGGAAGAAAGUCGACAGUCUUCCAAUGUCUCUGUUGUUACAUCGCAUAGGAGAUGUUACUUUGAAGGUAUUUAAAAGUUCCAGACCUCUUCUACAUAUACUAAAGGUUUGGGCGAUUACUGGGCCACAUCUAAUGGACGCUUCCUGUCACCGAGAUCGGGUUAUAUCUAAACGGGCAAUCGAAUAUAUUCAUGACAUAAUUACGGCGCUGCUUGUAGAACAGUCAGAGUUACCGCAUUUCCACUUCAAUGAGGCUUUACUGAAGCCAUUUGAGAACCUCCUGAGUAUGGAUACGUGUGAUGUUGAUGUACAGGACCAAAUCGUUGCAUGUUUGUACGAAAUUGUUGAAGCACACAGAACUGAGAUCCGCUCAGGUUGGCGUCCAUUAUUUGGAACGCUACGCAACGCCCGCAGUCGCAUGCUUAAUAUGAGCAACAUCAUCGAUAUAUUCAGAGUUUUCCUAGAUUCCGAUAAUACUUUAGUAUUCGCCAAUGCCGGUUUGGAUUGCAUUUUAUGCUUGUUGUCUUAUCUUGAAAUCUCAAGUGGUGGUGCCAGUGGUAAUACAAACGGCGAAGAGGAGAACAAUUUUCGGCCCACUGAGUUCUUGCACGAAACUCUUCGAUUCCUCGAACGUUGUUCGUCCAUUUUAGGAUUUAUGUAUAGCAUGCCGAAAUGCCCCAACUUUCAUUCAACAUACAAAAUUAAAGGCAUUUCCUAUACACACAUCAUCGAUGCGAAUAUACCGAAUUCAAUGGAGAACUUCACAUAUUUCGGCAACGAUUAUUUACAAACUAAGAACGAACAGCACAUGAUAUCAUAUCGGUCGCUGCACAUUGAUAAGGACACAAUUGUGAAAAUCGACGAAAUGGAUAAGCCAUCCGGUGUGCUAAAAGUUUGGUUCCUUCUACUAGAUGGCCUCACUAAUUCACUGAUUGUUUGUCCAUAUUCACAUCAAGCACCAAUUCUCCAAACGAUUUUCAAACUCUUCAAAAACUUAUUGUGUAGUCCCGGCAUUGACUUCGGAUUUUAUUGCAUCAAUCAUCUGCUGAUACCAAUGAUUCAGGACUGGUUGCGUUACAUCAAUAAAACCGGUGCACCUUGGUCGUUGAUUGAGAAAAACUUCAAACACUGUUGCUGUAUGACCACCGAUUUAGUUGUGGAAUUCAUUGAGAAGUCGGUGAGCGACAUCAAUCGCAGACAAUGUGUAAUGAAGACGCGUGUAACGCAAAUCGUACACACAACACCCAAUACGAACGCCAGUAGUAGUUCGGCUGUUUUUACGAAUACCGACAACUCUUUGUACUCCAAAUUGAAAUUCGUCACUGAACGAGUCGAUGACAACGACAACAUCAAUCAAAAUAGUCAAUACGAUAGUUCGUCAUCGAGUGAGGAGGGCGGCGCUAAUAUAAUUGAUUCGCCAACCAAAAUUUCCGGAUCGGCCACAUUGGCAUUGAAACAAUUGCUCCUUGUGCUAAUAGAAUGUGCCGCACAGGCACAAGAAUCAGUGGCGCGCGUCGGUGUGUCCUGUCUGAAGCACAUAAUCCUCUCCACCGGCAUGCUUUUUAACGAGUCCCAAUGGAUGAUUGCAUGCUCAGCAUUACAUCGGGCCUGCACGGUGACAAUCGCGCCAUUGCGACAAUUGUCCUUUGCCUUCCAUGAGAAGUCGAACAGUUUCUAUGGCGACUGUGCUAAUGUGAAAGUGGCAGCGCGUCGAGAUAGUACUGCAGAUGAAUUGACACGCAUUUACUCACUAGCGCAACAGGUUUUUCUUUCCGAUAACCAACGAGAGCCGGCCACGAAGAUAACCAAUCAUAUGGAUAAACAUUUUGCUGAUGAACGAAGUUAUUCAUUUCUUUUAUACCCAUUGAACAAUGGUUUCAAUUCGAAUCUGGACAAUUUUGUGAUUCGUAUACCGUUUAAGAAUUUGGUAGUUGGUUUAUUAGCGAAUCAGAUGCUCCUGCAAUUAGUUGCGAAACUUUUGCUUUCCCGCUUAAAGUGCGUGCCUCAAGCGGUAUCCACCUGUAUCUUCGACAAUUAUGCAACGUCGACAACAAGUCACGACUAUGAUUUGGACUUCCGCUCCAAAGAAAUACUAUUGCGUUGUGUGAAACAAUAUUUGACGAGCUCGUUGGAGUUCGACUCACGUCCGGGGCUCAAAUUUCUUAUGCAAAAGGUUUCCAAUAUUGAGUAUGCAGCAAAUUUAUACAAACAAAUGACAUCAUCGUGGAUGAUUUAUUAUAUCGCUUUAGUGGACUCCUAUUUAAAUGAUAUUGUGGUUUAUAAUUUGGGCCCAGAGGAUUUGAAAUUUAUACUGGAAUCCUGUUCACGUCUGAAUACGACAACAGUUAAGAAGAAGGAGAACUUUGUUCGGUAUUUAUUUUGUUUACAAGAUGCGUGGAAUCUCGUUUCGGAAUUGUAUUUAAAUAAUUCGGCAAUACAUGAUAUUGAGAAUGGUAAAGUGCGCACGGCGGAAGCCAAUGAUAAGCGCCUAACGCAAAAACUUAUUAAUACAAAAUCAAUGCGUAUAUCUAUAAAUACAAACAACGUAGACAACACCAGCACUUCAAGUCACUCAGAGACGACGACCGAUGCAUCACCCAAUAAGAGUAUUCAACUGGAAGAGGAAAAUGUCACAAUGACAACGCUGAUCAGUGAAUUUCAGCCGAAAAGUCGUAACAAUCCUUUCGAUACGAAUCGCCCUCAAAAGUCCGACUCAGAGACAAUAUCACCCGAAAUUGAACAACAAAGGGCUUCGAGCAUCCUUAAGGACUCUAAUUAUAAAAAAGCGGCUUUGGCACAACUUGUUGUGGCGUCAAUGGAGCUGCUGCAUUCUUUACCUGGCGAGGCUGAGGAAAAUCUCAAGCUCUUAAUGACACCAACUAUUCGCGAAGCUUUUAGGCUGGUUCAGUUGCAAGGGAAUGAAUUGAAAGUUAAUCAAUUUUAGGCUUUGCUUGUUGAGUUUUAUUUUGAUUUGUAAACGGAAUGGUGCGCGAUCCUCUUCGAAUUCAUUGAUACAUACAUACAUAUAUCAUUGGCAAUGGAAUUGAUACAUCCUUACAUACAUAUUUGCAUAUUUGGAUACAUAUAAACAUAAUAUGUACUAUUGGUAAUAUAUAAAAUAACUGGUGUCCAUAUGUACCUACAUAUGUACAUAUAAUCAUAAGUCAUACAUUGAGACAUUUACAUAUGAAAUAAACUACUAUAUACAUACUCGUACAUAAAUAAAUACUAUUAUCACACUAAGCCUGAAUCCUUUCCUUUUAGCUUCAAUAUUUAUAUUAUAUAUAUAUAUUAUAUACAAAUACAAAAUGUAAGCAUAUACUUUAGGAUGGUGCAAAAGUACACGCGAUAUUUUGAGUUCACAUCCACAAUUUCAUAGAAUACCAAAAGUAAAGCCGGAAAAGUUUAAACAAAUCAAACCGAAUUAAUGUGACCGAAACCGGAACAUUUUUAACACAAACAAUUUUCGGAAAAAUCUUUUAUAUCAAGAAAUAGUAACUUUGAAUUAAAUUAUAACGUUUUUUAAGUAUUUUUUUGAGCUCUUAACUGACGCACUGUGCGAUUAAGGUUUCGAAUUACUAAUUAUUCAAAAGAAAACUGUUCAUACAAAUGUUGUGAAACCCUUGAAUUUCGAUUUUAUUUUUCCAUCGUCGUUUAUAAAACUGAAGAUUAGAUUUUAUGAAUUAAAAUCAAAACCCUUUUUUUUUCGAAAAAGUUUGAAACAACUCCAGGUAAAUUAUUCAUUUAAAAUUAUUCACAGGGCUGGUGAAAAGAAAACCUUUUGGACCACCUUAAUAUGUAUGAAUAAGCCUACAUAUAUAUUUACGUAAUCAUUCGGCCCUCCUUUUUGAAAAAAUUUUGGCAAUACUUACAUACAUAGCAGUUGCUAAAUAUUCAAAAUGAAAUGUAAAUAUUGGUUGCUAUAAUCACCGCCACGCCUACAAUUGAGGAACGGCCCAUCGGUAGAUAAUGCAAAGCAUGACUAAAAAAUUAACUGCAUUUUUUUAUUAAAGAUAUAUAAUUAAUAUUGUUAAUUAUACUUACA